AUUGUGUUCAAUGCCCAACAACACUUACAGUUGUGAAUAAAUAGCAUAGUGAUUUCCUGAACAAAAAAAGUAAAAAUAUCAUAGUAAUAACAUGAAUGAAAGUCGUUCGACAAUCUAUCUACCUCCCAAUUUGCUAGGAAAUGCACCAAUUCUGAGUUGGGGAUUUCUGCUCAAAUAGUCAAUUUGCAAUCUUUGUUUCUCCUCAUAAGUCCUCUCCUCUGUGUAUAUUAGUGUUGUGUUGUUGAUGAGUAUUUAUGGAGUACAUGGGCAGUUCCCUGUUGCUAGCCCACCCAAAUUACCCAACCCAAAAUCACUGCACCAAUCUCCUCACCAUGUUUCUUACGCUUUUACCUCCCAAAAUCCCAUUUCUGAGGAUAAGCUUGUUGUUAGAGCUGCUGCUUCUGCUCCCCCACUCACCGGUGAUUUUUCCGAGGGAGCAAAACCAAGGCGAAGAAUUGCUGGAAUAGAUGAGGAUGAGAUAGAGGAUCCAACUAGUUUAGCUGAUUCUGAUAGUUGUUUCUGUACAUUUAAUGGGGUGCAAAUACACCACAAGAUUUGUGAUGCACAAGAUGACAGUUUGCAGGAGGGAUUGACUCCACAUUCCCCUGCCUAUAGCAAAAGGGUUAGUUAUCCUAUGAUUUUGUUGCAUGGCUUUGGGGCCUCAGUCUAUUCGUGGAGCCGAGUCAUGAAGCCUUUGGCAACGCUAACUGGUUCAAAAGUUCUUGCGUUUGAUAGACCGGCCUUCGGACUGACCUCCCGGGGGGCUCCUGAUUCGAGGCCCUUGAAUCCAUACUCUAUGAUGUUCUCUGCAUUGGCAACAAUGUACUUCAUCGACUUCUUGGCUGCUGAGAAGGCCAUCCUCGUGGGGCAUUCUGCUGGUGCACUUGUAGCUCUAGACACGUAUUUUGAGGCACCCGAGCGUGUGGCUGCUCUAAUCCUUGUCGCUCCAGCAAUUCUUGCACCAUUUACCAUGAAGAGGAGUGCUGUCAAAGAAGAUCAAAACGGACCUGAUAAUCAGCAUCAGGGAAAAAGCUCAGACUCGAGUGCAAAGGGCAAUGUCUUUUUCAGGCUUGGCAGUCUGUUAUCGAGGCUCGCUAAAUAUGUAACAGAGGCAAUAAUGUAUGUGAUAAGAGGGAUGGGAGGCAUGAUGAACUCUCUCUAUCAGAAAGCUCUUUCAGCAAUCCUGCGCUCUGCAUUUGGUGUAACUUUGAUAAGGAUGAUAAUCGAUAAAUUUGGCACACAAGCUGUUCGCUCUGCAUGGUAUGAUUCAAAACAGGUGUCUGAUGAUGUCUUACAAGGCUAUACAAAGCCGUUAAGGGUCAAGGGCUGGGACAGGGCACUCGUGGAAUACACAGUCGCGAUGCUAACAGAUUCUGCGUCCAUAUCAAAGGAAAAGAGGCUCAGCGAGAUCUCGUGUCCAGUUCUGAUUAUAACGGGCGACACGGAUAGGCUUGUCCCCGCUUGGAACUCCGAGAGGCUCUCACGAGCUAUACCGGGAUCUUGCUUCGAAUUAAUCAAGAAAUGCGGCCACUUGCCCCAAGAAGAAAAGGCUGAAGAAUUUCUAUCCAUCGUAGAUAGAUUCCUGGAAAGAGUCUUUGGCGUCGCAGAAGAGCCUCGUCUACGGGCAGCGACUUAGAGGAGUAGAGGUUGAGAUUCAUUCAGUUAUCUAUAUAUGCAGUUCAUUAUAAAAGAGCAUUCUUCUUACUUGGUUGUUAUUAUAGACAUUUAGAUGGAGUUCAUAUAAUCGUGUCAUUAUAAUCGAUGUAACAUCAUAGCACUUCUCAUGCAAACUCAUUGAUCUUAUUUAUAAGAUGUCGAAUUUCAGUAGU